CCUGUAAAGGCUCUGCUCUCCCUCCUUGCAGACAGCCCGUCGGCUCCAGUAAAUGUCACAGUCAAACACCUGAAAGCCAACUCAGCUGUUGUCACCUGGGAUGUCCUAGAAGAUGAAGUUGUCAUUGGAUUUGCAAUUUCCCAACAGAAGAAGGACGUGCGGAUGCUGCGCUUCAUCCAGGAGGUGAACACCACCACCCGCUCCUGUGCCCUCUGGGACCUAGAGGAGGACACUGAGUACAUUGUGCAUGUCCAGUCCAUCAGCAUCCAAGGCCAGAGCCCUGCCAGUGAGCCAGUCCUCUUCAAGACCCCCAGGGAAGCUGAGAAACUAGCCUCUAAAAAUAAAGAUGAGGUGACAAUGAAGGAGAUGGCGAAGAAAAACCAACAGCUGCGAGCUGGGGAAAUUCUCAUCAUUGUUGUGGUGUUGUUCAUGUGGGCAGGGGUGAUCGCCCUGUUCUGCAGGCAGUACGACAUCAUCAAAGACAACGAGCCCAACAACAGCAAGGAGAAAGCCAAGAGCCCCUCGGAGAACAGCACACCCGAGCACCAGGGCGGGGGCCUCCUGCGCAGCAAGGUGAGCUUUUUUUGUGCUAAAUCACCCCCCAAAAAAUGCUGUUCAAAAUCCUCCCCCUCAGCAGGGAUGAGGGAAGGGAACACCCUGCACACCCACGGCUCUGCUGAUCAGGACAGCAGCGCUUCACUCCCACCUCCUGCAUCCUGCGUGGCCGCCAGAAAUCAGAUUUCAAGCCACGUUUCUGGAUGAUCUGAGCCUCUCUGG